CCACCUAACCUACACGUAUUAUUCGGUGAAGUAAACAGAGCCAGUGAUAUGUGCGGUCUUAGUGACACCUCACGUACGAUAUUUUACAACAAUUUAUAAUUUUUCCUAAUUUAACAAUGAAUUUCAUUAAUUUACCUUCAUUCAUUACUUUCUAAAAAUAAUUUAUCGUAAAAUACGCGACUUUUAAAGAUACUAUUUGAGAAGAAUAUACAUAUCGAUUAAAGUGAUGCUAUAACAAAGAUGUACCCAGCCAAUCACAAAACAGUUUUUGUGCUAGAUCACACGCCUUAUUUUGGCAUUCCAAGCGAAAAUGACAUAGAUUUUGAUUUUGUCAAGUCCAGAACACCUACUCCUGCUAAUACCCUUCCACUGCCCAAAAUAUCUAAAUCACUAUGGACAACGAGCAUAGAAACAUCAAUGGAAUAUUGUCGAAUAGCGUGGGAUUUAUUUCCUACAGAUAAAUUGAUACGAUUUGUUGUCAGUGAUCAUUCAGCUCACAUCCUGAAUACAUGGAAUCCUUCGCAACAAACUUUGGCACAUAUCAUGAACGGUAUGGCAAUCAUUGGCGUGCCACCAAGGAAUCAUCAACAAGGUGUAGAUUUUUCAGUAAUUCACGGUCUGAGAGUAGCUAUAGAAGCUCUAACAGAAUGUUCAGAAACUCAGCAGGAGAUAAAAGCCCGUGGCGGAGAACCUGCUAAUAAGCUGAUAAACAGAGGACGUGUGAUUUGCAUCACGAGUGCAAGAGACGAUAUGAACAUGAAAAGUUUAGAAAACAUAUUUCUUAAUCAGUUGAUACAACAGAACAAGCAGGCUGCAAACGUAGAUGCAAAUAAUUUAAUACCCAUUCAUAACUGUCACCUUGUCAUAUUGAACAUUUCUCCCAUGUCAAUAGAGUCGCAAGUGACAAGCCAAAAUCUUCGAGAGGUUUCUCCGUUACUCUCCAUGGAAGUGCACUCUCUGAAGGCGCCAGUAUUACACUCCAAGCUUUCUCACUUAAUAUUAUCGCAUUACGACCUUGCCAGCACGACCGUCACAGGAAUUCCUAUGAAAGAAGAGCAGAACGCCAGCUCGUCAGCGAAUUACGACGUUGAGAUAUUUCACUCCCACGCCGCGCAUCUCGCCAUUCUAAAAGGACAUGCCCAGGACACAGCCCUGGUCAAGUCCUUCCGGCGUUUCGACGAGGGUAUCGAGUACGAGACGGUGACGCUCAAAUGGUGCACGCCCCGAGGCUGCAGUGCGGGAGAGAUGCAGAACUGUACGGCUAUGCACAGGAUAACACCUGUGGACGUGAAUAGUCGACCAUCCUCGUGCCUCAUCAAUUUCCUUUUGAACGGUCGAUCCGUUAUGCUGGAAAUGGCUCGCAAGAGCGGCGGAAAGACGAUUUCGCAUCUUCUGGCUUCUCACGGAGGGGAAAUCUUCAUUCACACCCUGCCGACCUCGAGAAGUGUUCUCGAGGACCCGCCGUCCAUCAGUGAGGGAUGCGGUGGGAGAGUCACGGAUUAUAGGAUAACGGACUUCGCAGCCCUGAUGCGAGCCAACACACUCGUGCCUCUGAAACGAAAACCAGACGAUACAGACGGCCCUGUCGAGAGGAUGAGACCACGCUUCGAGAGGUUCACCAAGUACUGGCCGAUCACGCUGACGAGCACGAUGAUAUUUAACGUUCGAUCGAUCAUAGAUCCACUUCCCGAUCUCAUCCUGAAAGAAGAGCUUACCAAGGAGGAGGUAGUGCAGUGUAAGCAGAUUAUCUUCAGUCUUCUGGCGUUAGAAGCAAAGCACGAGACACUGCCUCUCCCGAGUUUGGGCUGCGGCCGGGGCGGCAAGAGCGGAAAGCGUGACGAGCACUACAUGCUUCUGUGGCGCGAGCUCGAAACCUUCCUCGAGAUCUACUCGACCACGUCGUCGGCACACCUGGAGGUACUUAACUGCCUGCUCGAAGUGCGAAACAAAGAGGACAAGGACAAUAACAAGGUGGAACUCGACCAGGCCCUCAGGGAGCUCGACGGUCUGGACAAAGAGGACGUGACGGCGCGAGCGACGGUGAUCCGGGCGACAACGGACUCGCCGAUGUCGCCACCACCCUGUCCCAGCGCCAGUCUGGCCAAGCAGCUACACAGCAAGAGCCUUUACGCGCUACCUCGAAGUCUCCUGGACAUUUGGCUGCAGCGAUCCGCUCCUAAGGAUCGCCGGCCCGACUUCCACGGGCGCGUCAACAGCGACGGCCCUCGAGCCAAGCUCUAUCCCAAUCUGAAGGAGAACAACCAGGCCAGGGAAAACCGUAACAGCGAACCCGUCGAGGCUUAGCCACUGUUUUUUUUUUCAAUUAUCAUGUAUAUACUGCGAUUUAUAUGUAUAGAACGAAUGACAUAAAUUUUUAAAAAUCAUGUUUAGAUACGA